AUGAAUUCAAGCGAUGGAUUCGUCCCCAUAGAGGCGAUAUUUUAUGCCGUAUUUCAUCCAACGGAAGGAACAAAGAUUGUUCAUCAAGUGCCGGAAGGAUCUAUAUCAAGCAUCAAAGAUCGUGGUAGCUCAAUUACAUCGUUGUUCAACUUUGAUACUGUUAAAAAUUACAUUAUCCCCAAACCACAGCUAUGUAAUAAGUUGAUAUCAUUCAAGAUAGAAAAAUACCGAGUUUUGGGCUAUCCUGUCAAUAUUGAAAACUCUGAUUAUUCAAGAAAUUCGUUCAAUUUCAACUUUUGUUUUGUAUUUCCUUAUGACAGUGAUACUACCCCAUAUGAAUCGGCAAUAGAGAGGAUGGGGAAGAUGUUUAGAGUUUUGGAAGAACAGAAUUUCAUUUUAUCAAAGCUUGAACGAGAUCAUUCAUUCUUCAAGAGAAAAGAAAACUCGCCUAUGGUAAAAAAUAAUCUAUUUGAAAUUAGCUUCAACGAUGACCAUAUGAUGAAUACGCCAGGUCUUUAUAGGACUCAAAGAAUAACUUUGACAUCUAUAGAAUCAUUGAUACAUCAAAUUUUUCAAGACCUUAAUAAUUAUUCCGAAUGUUGUAUUCCUUUAGAUAGCGCUAAUUCGGUGGACAUAAAGUUGUUUCCGAUACUACCUCCACCCAUAAAUAUUAAAGCAUUCCAAGUCCCUAUUUCAAAAGUUAAGCUUCAUCUGCUAGUUGAUGCAAACUGGGAUCCAACGAUGAUCAAGAUCUUACCGUAUAUCGAUGGGAUUAAUUCGGUCAAGAAAAUUAGUGAAUUAGCUGAUGCUGACUAUAUAUUGACGAAACAUUGCAUCCAGCAUCUAAUGCAUUAUAAGUGCAUUGAAGUACUUGACAUCUUUCAGUUCGGCAAUAUCUAUGCGCCAACAAACUUUAUCGGAGAUUUUUUGAAAGUGAACGGGAUGGCCGAAAAAUGCCAGGCCUAUAUAAUAAUGGGCGAUACAAAUAAUGGGUUGAAUGAUUUACCUUUGCUAAAUAGGGAUGGUACGUCAGGGUCUCCGCAUUCUAGUAGCUUUGGAAAUUCUGUUUCACCGUUUACUAAACCAUCAUUCUUACAGCUGAAUGGUAAGACGAAGAACACUACAGGAAAAGAAACCAUAUUGAUUCCAUCAAAGGCAACCCUUUUCUACCUAUAUCGAUCAUUAAAUCAAGGUCAGACUGUCAAAGACUGGUACUUGCUGAAUCGUAAAUAUUUGACAAACAUCGAUAUACGAAGAUUUAUCAAUUUUGGAAUAUCUAAUGGUCUUAUUUACAGGGUGCAUUCCUACCCGAUAUUAAAUUCAAUCACAAGAUCUAUUGAGGCAAACUCUUCGAAUGAACUCGAUGACUUGAUUAAAAAUUUUAGGGAUCGUUACGCGUCAUCGACUCAAAAAGAUGUAGAGCAAAGAAACGACAUUCACUUGAAAGGCGUUGUUAACGAGUCCAAUCUUAUGACAGGGAAAUCAAAAAGAAAAGUCAGCUUUAAAUAUGACGUGGACUCGAAGCACACAAUUCUUAAGGACAUAAUCGUUGAAUCUAACGACGAAGAUGACGAAGAGGAUGAGGAAGAUGGAGAACAACAUAAUCAUGACCCUGGGGCCAUUAUUAUUGAUUCAAAUAAAAAGCAAAAAGAUAGACAAAAUUCCAUCUCCGCUAACGUAGAGUCUAUUGCAGCAGAGCCGAGUGGCGACAAUGGUCGUGAUGGCUCUUCAACAUUUGAAAAGGAGGAUGAAAUUGUACGACUCGUGAAGCUUCUUAAAGGGUUUCAACACUUUGAUUCUGUAAAUACCGAGCUUCAGAAAUCAAGGUCUGAAGUAGAGGAUCUCAUAGAUAGUUUAGGUUCUUACAGCGUCAUAAAUAGUUGA